GGGCUUGCGCAAGCGACUACUGGGAACUCGUCAAUUCAUAUUCACAAUUCAUAAUAUUCACCUUCUCACCGCCUCCGAGCCGUCGUGUUGAGUUAAGUUGUAUAAGUAUCUGAACUCAGGGUCGUGUUCGAGUUUCGCUCACAUCCUGACCAAUUUUAUUGUGGGAAAUAAAAUAUCGGAAGGAGAUAGAAAUGCCAGGACUAACCUGUAAUGCUUGUAACAAAGAAUUCAGCGAUGACGCCGAGCAGAAGCUUCAUUACAAGUCCGAUUGGCAUCGCUACAAUCUCAAACGCAAGGUGGCUGGGGUUCCAGGAGUGACAGAAGCGUUAUUUCUGGCUAGACAAUCAGCCCUUGCACAAGAGAAGAAUAAGUUGAGUGAAACACCGAUGCUUUAUAGUUGUGGGAUUUGUGGUAAGGGGUACAGAAGUUCCAAGGCUCACUCACAACAUCUUCAAUCAAAAAGCCACAUCAUGCGGGCUUCUCAAGGAAUGAAUAAUGAAGACAGGAAGAAGGUGAUAAUUAAGCCUCUUCCACAUCGUACUGUAAAUAAGCCUCCCCCUCGAAGAGAGGCUGACAAUGAAGAAAGUGAAGAUGAAUGGGAGGAAGUUGAUCCAGAUGAAGAAUUGGUAGGUGAGGCUGCAAAGUCCUUGACUAAUUUGAAUGUGGGAUCCACCUCUGAUGUUGUCAUGGAGGACGAGGAUGAGGACUAUGAGGAGUUUGAUCCAUCUUGCUGCUUCAUGUGUGAUAUUGAGCAUGAGACAAUUGAGAGCUGCAUGGUUCACAUGCACAAGCACCAUGGUUUCUUCAUCCCUGAUGUUGAGUAUUUGAAGGAUCCUAAAGGCCUGCUUACUUAUCUUGGUCUUAAGGUAAAGAGGGACUUCAUGUGUUUGUACUGCAAUGACAGGUGCCAUCCUUUUAACAGCUUAGAAGCAGUUAGGAAGCAUAUGGAAGCAAAAAGUCAUUGCAAAGUACAUUAUGGUGAUGGUGGUGAUGAUGAGGAAGCAGAGUUAGAAGAGUUCUAUGAUUAUAGUAGCAGUUACAUGGAUGAGGACGGUAAACAGUUGGUCUCAUCUAGUGAUAUGGACAACACUGUAGAACUUGGUGGGGGUUCUGAACUUAUCAUCAGCAGAAGAACUGAUAAUGGAGUAGUAACUAAAACAUUUGGUUCCCGUGAAUAUUUGCGCUAUUAUCGCCAGAAGCCACGCCCAACACCUGCAAAUAAUAUGGCCAUCACAGCUGCACUGGCCUCAAGGUACAGGAGCAUGGGGCUAGCAACCGUACAAUCAAGAGAGCAAAUGGUGAGAAUGAAGGUGAUGAAAGAGAUGAAUAGAUCAGGGGUAGAGGCCAUGCGGACAAAGAUUGGUAUGAAGAGUAAUGUCAUCCGAAACCUUCCCAAGAAUGUCCCGUAUUAACCCCAAAACAAUAAAAUUGUGUAGAUAUCCAAUCAUAUGCUCAAUUGGAUACAUCUCAUCCUAAAACAGUGAUUCUCUGGUUUAAUUUGGUUGGAAAAGACCUGUUUACUGGAUUGCUAUAAAAUAAUUUCAAUGCUGUUACAGAGUUA